AUGUCGGGGCGGCGGCCGGCGACGUGGGAGCAGCAGGCCGCGGACGACUACGACUACCUGUUCAAGGUGGUGCUGGUGGGCGACUCCGGCGUGGGCAAGUCCAACCUCCUCUCCCGCUUCACCCGCAACACCUUCUCCCUCGACUCCAAGUCCACCAUCGGCGUCGAGUUCGCCACCCGCACCAUCCAGGUGGACGGGAAGACGAUCAAGGCGCAGAUCUGGGACACGGCGGGGCAGGAGCGGUACCGCGCCAUAACCAGCGCCUACUACCGCGGCGCGGUGGGCGCGCUGCUGGUGUACGACGUGACCAAGGCGGCCACGUUCGAGAACGCGGCGCGGUGGCUCCGUGAGCUCCGGGACCACGCGGACGGCCGCGGCGCCGCCGUCAUGCUCGUCGGCAACAAGACCGACCUGGCGAAGCAGCGCGGCCUCCGCGCCGUGCCGCGCGGGGACGCCGCCGCGUUCGCGGAGCGGGAAGGACUCUCGUUCGUCGAGACCUCCGCGCUCGACGCCACCAACGUCGAUGCCGCGUUCGAGACCCUGCUCACCGAGAUCUACCGCGCCGUCAGCAGGAAGGCACUGGCUGCCACCGCGGCGGCGGCGGAUGACGAGGCGAGAGCCGUCGAGGAGGGGCAGGCGAUUCAGGUGUCGUCGGCCGGCGACUCCGGCGGCCUCACGGCGCGGUGCUGCGCGUUCUAG